AUGCAAGAUUUUCCGAAUGCAUCACUACUCGAGUCUCGACAAACUGGAACGGAGACACAGAUCAGCAUGGAUCAACAAAACACUACUGUCACAGCCAUGGAUAAUGGUGACAAGAACCGAAAAAAGAUAGCGUGGAGUGGAAUCGUGGCAACAGUACCGCAGGCAGGUGGAGGGCGGAAAGAGGUUAUUAAGAAUGUAAGCGGAGUUGCUGAACCAGGUGAAGUGUUGGCGCUGAUGGGUGGAAGUGGAGCAGGUAAAACGACACUGAUGAAUAUUCUUGCUCAUUUGGAUACCAAUGGAGUGGAGUACUACGGAGAUGUGACGGUCAACGGGAAGAAGAUAACCAAACAGAGAAUGCGUCAAAUGUGUGCAUAUGUUCAGCAGGUGGACUUGUUUUGUGGAACACUGACGGUUAGGGAGCAACUGACUUAUACGGCAUGGAUGAGAAUGAAGGAUUGUACUGCUGAGCAAAGAAUGGAACGAGUUGAAAGUGUGUUGAGAGAUAUGAAUCUGAUCGAUUGUCAGAAUACUCUGAUUGGAAUUCCGAAUCGAAUGAAAGGAAUUUCAAUUGGGGAGAAGAAGAGAUUGGCGUUCGCUUGUGAAAUUCUUACCGAUCCUCAAAUCCUCUUCUGUGACGAGCCCACUUCUGGUCUCGACGCCUUCAUGGCUUCUGAAGUCGUCCGUGCACUUCUUGACCUAGCCGCUAAAGGGAAGACUAUUAUAGUCGUCCUCCACCAACCAUCCAGUACAGUAUUCCGAAUGUUCCACAAAGUUUGUUUCAUGGCGACUGGAAAAACCGUUUACCAUGGUGCAGUCGACAAGUUGUGUCCGUUUUUCGAUGGCUUGGGAAGAGAGUUCCGGGUUCCUGAGAGUUACAAUCCUGCGGAUUUUGUGAUGUCGGAAAUCUCGAUAAGUCCCGAGACCGAAAAGGAUGAUAUUCAGAGAAUUGAGUUCAUAAUCUCCGAGUAUCAAAAAAGUGAUAUUGGGAACGAGAUGCUCAAAAACACCAGGACAACAAUUGACGAGUUUGGAGGUUAUGGAGAGGAAGAGGAGGACGAUGGGAGCAACCGCUACAACUCCUCAUUCGCCACCCAAUUCAAUGUUCUUCUCAAAAGAUCUCUCCGCACAACUCUCCGUGAUCCCCUUCUCCUUCGUGUCCGUUUCGCUCAGAUCGUGGUGACCGCUAUCCUUGUGGGCGUUGUCAACUGGCGUACCGAGUUGAGUGGGCCAACAAUUCAGAAUUUGGAGGGUGUCAUGUACAAUUGUGCGCGUGACAUGACUUUUCUUUUCUAUUUUCCAUCUGUCAAUGUCAUAACUUCGGAGCUGCCCGUCUUCCUUCGUGAGCACAAAUCGAAUAUCUACUCUGUCGAAGCGUAUUUUCUUGCUAAAAGUAUAGCUGAACUCCCUCAAUACACGAUUCUCCCUUUGAUUUAUGGAUCGGUAGUCUAUUGGAUGGCUGGAUUGGUUGCAUCGCCAAUCUCCUCGUUCUUUGUGUUCGUAUUCGUUUGUAUCACUCUCACUUGGGUGGCUGUUUCGAUUGCUUACGUCGGUGCAUGUAUCUUCGGAGAUGAAGGGCUUGUGGUGACCUUUAUGCCAAUGUUCGUCCUCCCCAUGCUUGUCUUUGGAGGAUUCUACAUAAACGCCAACAACAUUCCUUCGUAUUUCCGCCACAUUUCUUACCUAUCCUGGUUCAAACAUGGAUUCGAAGCACUCGAGGCGAAUCAGUGGAAACCAAUCACUGAAAUUCCUGGGUGCUCCCCGGCGGCGAACCCUCUGACGGCUAGCUCUACUCAAGGCUAUUGCCCAGCUGUUAAUGGAGAAGGAAUAUUGGAGCGUCGUGGUAUUGACACACCGCUUUAUGUGAAUGUUCUGAUUCUCUUUGUCUCCUUUUUCAUCUACCGUUUUAUUGGAUUGAUGGCUCUAAAGGUUAGAGUUCGAUUUGCCAAGUAA